AUGGCCUGGCCCCUGCCGCUCACCUUUGGUUGCAUCAACCUCCUCUGCCUGCUGCUCCCAAGCACACUGUCCAGCAGCCUGGAUGGAAGCCAAUGGCCUGUCCCACUCAGGGUGCCCCCAGCCCUGACCUCUUCCAGUGGCCUGGGGCCUGGACACGCUGCGGGUAAGCCUGUGAUGUGGAAGCUACACCAGGCCCUCCAGCCACAGGGGGGCGCCGACGAAGACGAAGCCCCAGCCAUGGCCCAGCGUCUCCAGGGUGGUGGCUCCCUGCGACACUUGGGCUUCCGCAGGUCCCUAGCCCAGCACGCGCAACGGGGCUGUAUGCUGAGCACCUGCCAGGUGCAGAACCUCAACCACCGCCUGUGGAAGCUGUUUAACCCAGGGAACUCACAGGACACAGUCCCCGUGGACCUCAGCAGCGCCAACAGCUUCGGCUGAGGUGGAGCAGGACGUACCUCUGCCCAUCCCGGCUGGGAUGCUGCCCCCCACCCCCAGUCCCAGAGCUGCACCUGGGCCCCCAGCCUCCACCCAGCCCCCUGGACCUCCUGCAAACAGCCUUAACCAGAAAGCAUGCAGGCCCCCAAGGCCACUCCCACCCCACCCCACACCCACCCGGUCCCGUAGCACGCAACCUUGACUGGCUUUGGACAUGGAAGGCCACGCACAUGUGUCAACCCGAGUAGAUCUGCAGUGAGCCUGGUCUCCGGAAAGGGACUUCAGAGGGGCAGGGGCGGCCCAAGUAUGUGGAGCAGGAGACCCAGGGCCACGCUGGGCCAGGAGAUGGGCCAGUGUGGCCCCUUCCCCUCUGGUCUGGAGUUAUCAGAUUAAACCCUGGCU